ACUCAGCAUUUUCCUCGUGGAGCAGUCAUUGCUUCCUAAGAGACCUCUAUUUACCUCAAUUUUCUUUUUUCUGUCCUUUACUUUAGUGGUCAACUGCACCAGAAGAAGUCACAGUGCAUGAAUCAUGGUGGUAUACUGCUGCUCAACAGGACCUGGGAAAGUGACAGUGAUAGUUCCCCAUUGCAGAGUCACAUCCAUGGGGGUAUCAACUUCCUCUUUGGAGUGCCUAUAACCAUGGGGAAACCCUAAACUGCAUCACGUGAGUGUACUAGAUGAAGUCCAUCUGGGGUGGUGGAGUGGUCUGGAAACCUGACCCCCAGGGUGGCAGGGAGACCUGUACCCUACUGGGGGAAGGACUACCCCCAGGUGAAAGUUAUUCCACUCUAUUUCCUGUGCACAACCCUAUUUAAGAGACAAUCAAGCUCCUCCUUGCUCUUUUGCUCCUGCCUUUGUUUCUGCAACAUCGCCUUGCUGGUGCUGUUCCUGAUAACCACACGCCCAGCCUGACCUCGUGGCCAUACCUGCUACCCUGUGUUGGUGCCUGCAUCCAAGGAGAAUCCAUUUCAGCCCAGAUAAUCCACUGCUAUCCAACCUGGUUUUAGUCCCCUCCUGCUGACUGUGCUGCUGCCAGCUCCUGAAAUCCUGCAGAAAAGGUCUGGGAUUUCCUGUGGGCAUGGCUGGCCUGGGGCUGAUUCCUGGCACCUGAGGGCUAUGGAGAACUGCCCACAGUCGUUCCCUUACCCUGCUUCAGCACAGAAGCAUGAGGAGUCAAGAAUCAUACCCCUAUACUAGUGAGCCAGGAUCAAUUAAGUUAAUGAGAAACCUCGGCCCAGGGAAGAGGCGACAGACUGGGUGCUGGGACAGGAAAGGACAAACACACAGGGCAUGAGGAAUUGAGUGUGACAGUGCGGGGUGCAGGCUGAUCCUGGGACCAUGGCUAAGCUGGUGGAGUGCGUACCCAACUUCUCGGAGGGAAAUAACAAGGAGGUGAUCGAUGCGGUAGGACAGGCCAUCUCUCGGACACCGGGCUGUGUGCUGCUGGAUGUAGAUGCUGGUGCCUCCACCAAUCGCACUGUGUACACCUUUGUGGGGUCCCCUGAGGCUGUCAUUGAAGGAGCGCUGAGUGCGGCCCGAGUGGCUGGCCAGCUCAUUGACAUGAGCCGACACACAGGUGAACACCCUCGCAUGGGGGCUCUGGAUGUCUGCCCCUUUGUGCCAGUGAUGAAUGUCAGCAUGGAGGAGUGUGUCACCUGUGCCAACAUCUUCGGGCAGCGCUUGGCAACAGAGCUAGGAGUGCCUGUUUACCUGUAUGGAGAGGCAGCACGAAAGGAAAGCAGGAAGGCCUUGCCUGCAAUCCGUGCUGGGGAGUAUGAGGCACUUCCUGAAAAGCUUGCAAAACCAGAGUGGGCUCCUGACUUUGGGCCUCCAACAUUUGUCCCCCGGUGGGGGGCCACAGUGACGGGUGCCCGGACCUUCCUUAUUGCAUACAACAUCAACCUGCUGUGCACCAAGGAGCUGGCUCAUCGCAUCGCCCUCAACCUCCGUGAACAGGGUCGUGGUGCUGACCAGCCUGGGCGCUUGAAGAAGGUGCAGGGCAUUGGCUGGUAUUUGGAGGAAGAGAAUAUAGCUCAAGUUUCCACAAACCUGUUGGACUUUGAGACGACUCCGCUUCAUGCUGUCUAUGAGGAAGUUUGCCAAGAUGCAGAGGCACUGAAUCUCCCUGUGGUGGGAUCUCAGCUGGUGGGGCUUGUCCCCAAGAAGGCCAUACUGGACACAGCUGAAUUUUACAUAAAGAAGGAAAAACUCUUCAUUCUGGAGGAGGAACAGAAGAUAAGGCUGGUGGUCAGCCGGCUGGGCCUGGAUUCCUUGUCUCCGUUUCACCCCCGGGAGCGCAUCAUCGAGUACCUGGUGCAGGCAGGAGAGGCGGAUGAGGGGCUGGUGGCCAAGCCAUUAGGUGCCUUUGUGCGAGCAGUCGGUGGGAGGUCUGCAGCGCCAGGAGGAGGCUCUGUGUCUGCAGCUGCAGCUGCCCUGGGAGCGGCACUGGGCUGCAUGGUGGGGCUGAUGAGCUAUGGGAAGCGGCAAUUUGAGGAACUGGACCCCAUCAUGAGGAAGCUGAUCCCUCCAUUCCAUCAGGCCAUGGAUGAGCUGGUGGCAAUGGUGGAUGCUGACUCCCGUGCCUUCAGCAGUUACAUGGAAGCUCUGAAGCUGCCAAAAGGCACCCCUGAAGAGCGGGAGAGACGCACAGCUGCCAUGCAACAGGGACUGAAGACAGCUGUGAAGGUUCCUUGUGCCCUGGCAGAGAAGGUGAGUGGGCUCUGGCCUGCUCUGAAGGACCUGGCACAUCACUGCAACCUGGCCUGCAAAUCUGACAUCCAGGUGGGAGCCAAAAUGCUGGAAACAGCUGUGUUUGGAGCUUACUUCAAUGUCAUGAUCAACCUCAAAGAUAUAACAGAUGAGAAGUUCAAGCUUGCGAUGUCACAGAAGAUCUCUGGGCUGCUGGAGGAGGCGAAGCGAGGCUCGACACUGGUGCUGGCACUGCUGGAUAAGCGAGUGGCCUGAGAGGGGCUUGAGCAUGGGCUGGGGUUCUGCAGCAGCAAAUACAGCUAGGAAAUACACUCA